AUGCAGCUCUCGGCCCUUCUUUCUCUGCUCGCUGCAGCUACGGCUGUCCAGGCACACGCCACCUUCCAAUACCUCAACGACAACUCCGCUGUAAUCCGCAAACCCCCGAGUAACAGCCCGAUCCAAGAUGUCACCUCCAGCGACCUCGCCUGUAAUGUCAACGGCGGCACCCCCGUCGCCAGCAAGCUUAUCGUCGCUGCUGGCUCCACCGUCACCAUGGAAUGGCACCACGGCGACCGCACCACGCAAGCCAUCGACCCAUCACACAAGGGACCCAUCUUGACAUACCUUGCCAAAGUUCCCGAUGCCACGACUGCAACUAGCCCCUCAAGCUUGAAGUGGUUCAAGAUCUACCAUGAUGGUCUCACGCUCAGCGGCACCACCGAGACUUGGGCUGUCGACAAGCUCGUCGCCAACGCCGGAAAAUACAGCCACACGAUCCCCAGCAAUAUCGCCUCCGGAGACUAUUUGCUCAGAUCUGAGAUUAUUGCGCUGCACGGAGCCGGCAGCACGGGUGGUGCGCAGCUCUACAUGGGAUGCGCCCAGAUCACUGUUACCGGUGGUGGGUCGGCGUCGCCGGCGACAGUCAGUCUGCCUGGUGCAUAUUCGGCAUCGGACCCUGGUAUUUUGGUCGGCAUUUACUGGCCCAAGUUGACGAGCUACACUAUUCCGGGACCAGCAGUGUACUCGGGAUAG